UGACACGACAUUAGCUUUCUAUCUCCUGCAUUGGUGUUUUCUCAUGCGACCGAUUGCUCGUGUGUGUAACGACAAGUUCGACAACUAACCAAGCACAACACUGAACUUCCAACCUGUGAUAGGAGACGAGAGACUAAUUUUGUCUCGGUCCAGCGACAAACACCAUGAUGGACCCGAAUCAACCCCAGCCCUAUCAGCAGUAUCCCGUGCCACAACCUCAAACCGUACCCUAUAGUAGAGCAUGUCAUAUCACCAAGAUCUUGUUGAUAUCCUUUUCUAUGAUGUUCUGCCUCAUCGUGCUAGGCAUCUCAAUCGCCUUGAUCGUUGACCCCAAUUUAUACAGCCCCAUGGUGGUCUGGAUCGCACCACAAGCCGGCAUCGCUUUCUGCUGGUCCGUCGCCGAACUCAUGACGAUAUGCGCACGAACCGGCCAUCGUGGCAUCCAUCCCGGAGCCCACGUCGCAUUACAUCUACUACUAUGGAUGGGCUUCUCGACCUCCGUUGGGCUGACAUCAUACUUCCUGGCCGAGGCCGUCGGGUGCGACUACUACUGUAGUCACUACAGCUCCUACUACGAUGUUCCUCGUUACUCGCAAGGAUACAUCAACGCUAUGGGAGCUCUAGUGGCCUUCCUUUCUCUUCUAAUUAUCAUCCACUUCUCUCUUUUCAUCCGCGCAUGCGUCGAAACAGCCCAACGCAACAGGAUGACGAUGCAAGUAUACUUCGUGCCACAGCAUGUGUACUAUGGUCAGCCCUUGCAACAGUAUCCCGUAUCCCAAGGAAUCCCGCCCAUGCGACCGCAGCAGGCGCAGAUUUCUGGGUACUACGGCCAGCCAAAGGUAGAACAGGUCACUGAAUCCAGUAGUGUGUCUUAGCCUUCCGCACCG